AUGUGGAUCGAGAAAUUAGUAAUAGAGAAAGUGAAUACUAGUGCACUUGGUUUAUCUAAAACUCCAAGUGAGGCCAAGUGGUUAAAUAAAACAUUGGAUGUUGGGUCUGUUGUUGGUGUCGACCCCUAUCUACUAGAGGCAGAAGGGUGGCGAGACUUUGCCAGGGAAUUACAUGGAGGUGGACACUCAAUAAUUCCUGUUCCAGAAAAUCUUAUUGAUCUCUUAUGGGAUGAUCGGCCACUUCGUCCUGCCAAGCCUGUUGUUCCUCUUGAGAUAAAAUACACUGGCCUCUCUCUUACUGAAAAGGUGAAACACCUCCGAGAAGACCUUGUGGAAGAGAAUGCCUCUAUGAUUGUCAUCACUGCUCUUGAUGAAGUUGCUUAUUUAUAUAACCUAAGAGGAUCAGACAUAGCAUACAACCCAGUGUUUUUUUCUUAUGCCUCAGUAACUGAAAAUGAAGCUUUCAUAUUUAUUAAUGAAUCUCAGCUAACAUCAGCUGCAAGAGAAGCUCUACAGGAUGAAGAGAUCAAAGUCAUCAUCAGGCCUUAUGAGGAUUUUGCAAAGUUUAUUGAUGACCAGGUGUGUAUUUAUAUUGAUUGUUUUGCAAUAAGAAUUUGGUUUUCUACAGAUUUUGAUCUGUAA